AUAACUAAAUCCUCUCUUAAGAUUAGCUUGUGGCUUUCACGAGUACAGCUUCUCUGUUUUGUCAACUAUUUUUUUUCUAUAUAAUCACCGAAUCUUUUCCUUGGUAGUGAGAGAGCAAGAGAGAUUAAUAAGACCAAACUCUCAACGAACUUUUAGAUAAAAGCUUAUAAUUGAGAGAGACAUAGAUCGAUAAAGGUCUCUAUACUUUUACAGUUUUCUUGUAUAUUUUCUGGUAACGUGGUGGUGAAUUAAUCAUGGCCGAUCAAAUUAUCUCCGGCGAGAAGCCGGCCGGAGUUAAUAGAUUUGCUCUUCAAUGUGCGAUUGUCGCCUCCAUCGUCUCCAUCAUCUUCGGUUACGAUACUGGGGUUAUGAGUGGAGCGAUGGUGUUUAUAGAAGAAGAUUUGAAGACAAACGACGUUCAAAUCGAAGUUCUCACCGGAAUUCUCAACCUUUGUGCCCUUGUCGGAUCAUUGCUCGCCGGAAGAACGUCGGACAUAAUCGGACGGCGUUACACAAUCGUCUUGGCCUCAAUACUAUUCAUGUUGGGCUCAAUAAUGAUGGGUUGGGGUCCAAAUUAUCCGGUGCUCCUAUCCGGUAGAUGCACCGCUGGACUCGGAGUUGGUUUUGCUCUGAUGGUUGCUCCUGUUUACUCGGCCGAGAUCGCAACUGCUUCACAUAGAGGACUCUUAGCUUCUCUGCCUCACCUUUGUAUCAGUAUAGGAAUUUUACUAGGUUAUCUCGUGAAUUACUUCUUCUCCAAGUUACCUAUGCAUAUCGGUUGGAGACUCAUGCUCGGUAUAGCCGCGGUUCCGUCCCUGGUGCUAGCGUUCGGGAUCUUGAAAAUGCCGGAAUCUCCACGGUGGUUGAUUAUGCAAGGCCGUCUCAAGGAAGGCAAGGAGAUAUUGGAAUUGGUAUCGAAUUCCCCUGAAGAAGCGGAACUCCGCUUUCAAGACAUCAAAUCCGCUGCGGGAAUCGACCCGAAAUGCGUAGACGAUGUUGUGAAAAUGGAGGGUAAGAAGACUCAUGGUGAAGGAGUGUGGAAAGAACUCAUUUUAAGACCAACCCCAGCAGUAAGAAGAGUUCUUUUAACCGCUCUUGGGAUUCAUUUCUUCCAACACGCCACCGGAAUCGAAGCCGUGCUUUUAUACGGUCCGCGGAUCUUCAAGAAAGCAGGAAUCACGACUAAAGACAAGCUUUUCCUGGUUACAAUCGGUGUCGGAAUCAUGAAAACGACGUUUAUUUUCACAGCGACUUUAUUGUUAGACAAGGUAGGUCGGAGGAAGCUUUUGUUGACCAGCGUUGGAGGAAUGGUGAUUGCGUUGACAAUGCUAGGAUUUGGGCUUACCAUGGCCCAGAACGCUGGCGGGAAAUUAGCGUGGGCUUUGGUACUGAGCAUAGUUGCGGCUUAUAGUUUCGUCGCUGUUUUCUCUAUUGGGCUUGGCCCAAUAACUUGGGUCUACAGCUCUGAGGUUUUCCCGUUGAAACUUCGGGCCCAAGGAGCGAGUCUCGGCGUUGCGGUGAACAGAAUAAUGAACGCCACCGUGUCGAUGUCGUUUCUGUCGUUGACUAGUGCGAUAACCACCGGCGGAGCUUUCUUUAUGUUCGCCGGAGUCGCGGCGGUGGCUUGGAAUUUCUUCUUCUUCCUCUUACCGGAGACGAAAGGAAAAUCACUUGAAGAAAUCGAAGCGCUUUUUCAAAGAGACGGCGAUAAAGUACGCGGCGAAAACAGCGCAGCUUAUACCAAUUUAAGAUCAACGGCUAAUACAUCGCUAUUACUAGCUACAUUAGCUAACAAUGGGCCAUUUGUAUUUGAGAUCGAGAUGAAGGAGGACGAUGCAUUGCCGACGACGACGACUGGUACGGCGACGGGAACAGCUAUUGCGAAUUCGAAGAAGGAAAACUCUGACUCGGUUUUGUUUGGAAGAGGUCGAUACAAGUUCUGGGCGUUUGCUGCGAUUUUGCUUUUGGCUUUUUGGUCGAUGUUCACUGGCACCGUCACUCUCCGGUUAUCUACCGGGAAUCUAAACCGGUUAUCGGAAGAUCUAGGGAUUCCGAACUAUGCAAACCUUGACGUUCUGGAAAUGGAGGAGAGGGAGAAAGUGGUGAAGCAUAUGUGGGAUGUGUAUACUAGUAGUCGUCGGAUCAAAUUGCCUAGAUUUUGGCAAGAGGCUUUUGUUGCUGCUUAUGAAGAACUCACUAGUGAUGUUCCUGGGGUUAGAGAAGCUGCUAUUGGUGAAAUCGCCAAGAUGUCGGUGCGGUCUAUUACUCUUGAUCCACCUCCUUCUAGAUCAAUGAGUGCAAGUGAUUUGGGAAGAAACUUGAAGAGAAUUCUACACAAGCCAGCAGCUAGUAGCUGAUGAUGAUAUUGGUAACACACGUUUUUACAGAUAAACUUAAGAUCAUAUCUACUUACUUCCUGAAGCCAGAAGAUGAACUACCAAAUGGAUAGAGUUCAUUUUUGAAUAUUUAAAUUCAUGCUUCGAAAUCAAAUUGCUCCUUUUAUAUUCUGUCUAUUGGUAAUUACAUAGAGCUACUUUUAUAAAUAUAUGUAGAAACAAUGGAUCCUUAUGAUAUAUAUUUCUUCUUCUGAUAUC